GCAUAAACAAAAAUUUUAGGCUGACUGACGUCCUCGAAAUGCUAAAUUUCAUGCGUCCUUCUAGAGAAUUGCUGAAAUGUAUUAGUAAAGCUGUAUUUACGUUUCCCGUCUACCGUUACUCGUCAUUCGUGAGUAGUACUAAUGAACAUGAAAUGAAACAACAAAUUCCAGCUGAUGAACAAGAGAUUAAGAGACUAUCAUCAUUCGGCGUUUACGUUGGUGAAUGUUUACCUAAGUUUGUCCAAAAGGUGCAAAUAGGUCAUACCAAAGAACUUGAAAUUUGUAUUCAUCCUGAUGGAGUUAUUCCAGUUCUUUCAUUCCUGAAAUGUCAUCACAGUGCUCAAUUCUUAAACCUUUCGGAUAUUACUGCUGUUGAUAUACCAUCAAGAAAAUAUAGGUUCCAGAUUGUUUAUAAUCUUCUUUCUUUGAGGUAUAACUCUCGAAUUCGUGUCUUGACCUACACAGACGAACUUACACCGAUCGACUCGUCUUGUUCCAUCUUUCAAGCAUCAAAUUGGUAUGAACGGGAGGUGUGGGACAUGUACGGUGUGUUUUUCUAUGAUCAUCCGGAUCUUCGUCGGAUCCUUACUGACUAUGGUUUUAUAGGGCAUCCUCAACGGAGAGAUUUUCCUCUAAGUGGAUAUACAGAGGUGAGAUUUGACGACCAAUACUAUCGCGUGGUUAUCGAACCCGUUGAAUUGGCUCAGGAAUUCAGGCGGUUCGAGUUCAACUCUCCUUGGGAAGCGUUCCCAGCAUUUCGGGAUUCCUGUUCACAUGAUGAGAAUUUACUAAAAUCUCCCAAUUUCGAAGGCCACUCGGGAGACUCAAAACCAAAAUUAAAUUCUAAAUAAGCUAGAACUUUUCACUGUUGUCUGUCAGUAAUAUGAUUCGACAGAUGAGUCAUAAUUAGACUUCUUUUGCCCUUAGUCUUUUUGUACAUCCAAAUACCUUACGUUAAAAACUGUCUCAUGGUACGGAAUUUAAUACUGAUAAUUUGAGUGUCUUGUGCUUGGAUUUCCAAUGUGUUAUUUUCGAAUGGUAGUGAUCACAUGUUCCUUUUGUUUAAUGAGCAAUAGAAUUUCAUGAAUCCAGUGCGUUUCCAAUAGCUUCAUAGGUAAACAUUUUUACGAAAACUUGACUGAGUAGUUUCUUCCCGUGUCACGUUAAGGGUUGUAGUCGAAAUGCUAAGUCGUUUUAUAAAAACUAGUGAUAAGCAUACAUUUGGCUUACAAAAGCUCUAGCUGUCUUAACUAGUCUGUCAAAUGAAUAUGCAAAACGAACUAUUAAAGCUUUCAAAGAAAAUCGGAAAGAAUUGGGGUGAGCCUCAAAACCCUUUUUUGUGGUAUGAGAUUGCGGUAAACAGUUUUCAAAUGAUAGAUAUAUUUAAGUAAGAGCCGUGUAUACGGAUAGGAUAAUGCAAGGCUAGAACAAUCACUGACCUCAUUCGUUGGUGAAAUGUUUGUGGUGUCUAAUACUUUAUGAUCGGCGAUUCGUUCUCUAGGUGAUUCCCUAUGAACUGAGAUUGAGAAAAUCAUCUGUGUACACGAUUCCACGGAACGGAAUAAUGAGGGGGACUUCCAUAUUAAUUUUGUAUAGUGGAAAUAGAAUGUAUCCAUUGCCAUGAUUGAGGAAUGUUUUGAUAAUACAAGAUUGAUGUACCUUACAUUUUGUAAACAAGGUAUUUAUGCCCUAAGUUCGUUUAUUUAUUGCACAGAAUACGUAUGGUAUUGUGUAAUUUUAAAUUCUGGUUUUGUUGCAGUACAUCUGAACAUUCUGAUUUAAAUUAAAAGGAUUUAUCUCUUAAUGUGAUUCGUGAUAUAGAUAUCGGGGUUUCAGUUACCCUCUGAAUAUAAAUUAGCAAACAUGCUACGAUGAAUAUAUUCUCACCAAAAUUUAUUCUUUAUGUAACUAAGCAAUUGCUCCCAAAUGCCCUGGUAUGGCCGAA